AUGAAGCAGAAGCUCGCUGUCCGCCAAAACAAUGCCGUGAAUACACCACUCGUUGUGACAAAUAACUGUCCCGAUACCAUCUACCCAGGCAUCGCCACCCAGCAUGGCGUCGCACCCGGACAAACUGGUUUCCAGCUCACUCCUGGAGCUACAGUGUCACAAACCGUCUCUGAGGACUGGCAAGGGCGCGUUUGGGGCAGGACGAAUUGCAGUUUCAAUGCUCAAGGCAGAUCGAAUGGCGGCGGCCCAGCCUGCACGACAGGAGAUUGCAACGGUGUGAUACCGUGUCAAGCAGCAGGCGCCAUUCCAGUGACACUUGCUGAGUUUACCCUUGACGCUGGCGACGGCCAAAGUUACUACGACAUCUCUCUUGUUGAUGGGUACAACCUCCCGUUAGCAAUCGUCCUUGUGCCGCAUGGCAACUCUUCGUUGGAUGACAUCCCUCCGAAUCUUACCAAUCCCUCCUGCGAAGGCACAGGCGCUAUGCUUGCUCCAUCCAACUUCGACCCAUACGGCAGUGGAACCUUCCUCGGCACAAAUGCUUCAUAUCCCCUGCCAUUCGAAACAAAGGUCACCACAAGUAAUGCUAAUCAGUGGUGUCCCUGGGAUCUUCAGGUCAACGCCCCGUCUGCUCCUGGGAACAACGUAUAUCCUUAUCCCGACGGCAACAUUCAAAGACCUGCAUUUGACCCCUGCUUCUCGGCUUGUGCCAAAUACAACUCUGACCAAUAUUGUUGCCUAGGCAAAUACAAUGGACCGGACCAAUGCAGUCCCAAUUACUAUGCAAAAGCAGCCAAGACCAUGUGCCCCGAUGCCUACAGCUUUGCGUACGACGACCAAUCGUCCACCUUCAUCAUCCCUUCUGGUGCUGGCGUCGAAGUUGUGUUUUGUCCAGGCGGCAGAAGUACAGUGAUCCUUUCCACAAAAGCAGCACAACUUCGCCAGUUGGCCAACACGGGUUCUGUCUCGAGCUCAAGCGGCUCAAAUUCCACAGCUUCCAGCUCUGCGAUCCCGAAUCUUGAUGCUCGAACACGUUAUUCUUGGUUGGCUCUUACUGUGGGGUUUCUCUUCAGCUGUUCAUGA